GUUCAAGCUAUUGCCAUCUACCCGCCAAUGGGUAAGCGGCGACUCAGAUAUGUACGUAUAUUAAAAGAAGAUCAAGACGAAACUGCGGAGUCGUCCCACGUCAAGUCGUUCGGUCGGUGUCAACUCAUUCAGUCGUACAUUCUGGAGAAGACCGGCAAGAACCGUACUCGAAAGCAAGUAUCAAGUCAUCUUCAAAGACUGAAGAAAAAGUACAAGAACGAUCCAACCAGUCUGUUGUCUCAGUGUCGGUAUGCUUUCCUACUGAAUCGCACCUUGCAGAACGCGUAUUGUUCUUGGAGAUCUCGCAGCUAACUCAGCAUUCUGACCGAGAAGAGCCGGCGUCAUAUUCUGCAGGAAUCCAAGCAGAUACUACCCCGCCUCUGUCUUUGUUCUCCGAUCAGGCUUCACCUUUCAGUGGUCUCGUCCGGGAUGGGUUCGAAGAACCAAAGCGAGGUGCCACGUCUGCUAAUUCUGCCAACGAAUCCUAUUUCACAUACUACCACGCCGACAACAGACG